AUGAAUAAUUUUGUUUCUAUUUGUAAAAUUUGUUCCUCUUCUAUUGAAAAUGGACAAGAUAGAUAUGUUUGUACAGAAUGUCAUAAUUUGGUAAUCUGUUCUGAUUGUUAUCCAAAAUCCCACCAAAUUGAAGAUUUACACACUGACUCGGCCCCAAUUCCUCAUCAUUGUACUUUAGAAACAAAAUCAAACUAUGAUCAUUUCAUUUCAAAUAAAGUUUCUGAAGAUUCAAGUCAAUCUUUAUAUAAUGCAUUCAAUUCUUUUUCUCAUCGUCCUUGUAUUGGGUGUUCAAAAGUUGGAGUUUAUCUUCCAAAUAUUCCGGAAUGGUAUUAUGCUGAUUUAGGAUGUCUAUGGUUUGGAAUGACAAUAGUCCCUUUCCACUUUCAAAUAAACAAAGAGAAUUUAAAUUUCAUUCUAGAGAAUUCUGGAACCUCAGCAAUAGUAGUAAAUAGUGAAUCAUUCAAAAAUAUUGCCAAUAUCUUAGAGUCAAACCAUCAAUUCCAAUUAAAAUUGAUCAUUCAUGUUGAGGAUCAAUAUGAUGUUGAAAUUAAAAACAAAUUACCCAGUAAUGUAGAAUUCAAAUUGUUUUCAGAAAUGGAAUCUACUAAAGAGACUUUUUUAGAACCAAUUAAAAAUCACAAUAGAGACAUUCUUUCAAUAAAUUAUACAAGUGGUACCACUUCAGGUGUUCCAAAAGGUGUUAUCAACAAAAAUAAUGAUUUUAUGGAAUACUUAGGUGAACUAUAUUUACCUUAUCCAAUGGUAAAAGUUAGUUUUGCUAGUUUAGCUCAUAUUCAAAGAAAAAUAGACUAUCGUGUUUUCUUUACUGGAGGAAGAAUUGGUUUAUAUUCUGGUGAUAAAAAUAAAAUAUUUGAUUUUAUUUCAUUACUUAGACCACACAACAUUCCGGCAGCACCAAGAGUUUGGAAUAUAUUAUAUUCAAACUAUGUAACUAGUUUACAAACAUAUAUUGAAGAUCAUCUUGAUCUUUCAUUUGAAGAAUGUACUUCAAAUGUCAUGCAAAAGUUCAAGAGCCAUCUUGGUGACAGAAUCAAGAAUAUCACUAAUGUAGGUGCACCUCUUUCGAGUUCAGUUUUCAACUUUAUGAAGACUUGCUGGGGCGAAGAUAAGAUCUACAACUUCUAUGGUUCAACAGAAGUCUCUGCAAUAAGCAUCAAUAACAAGAUUCUACCUAUGAUUCAAUACCGAGUGGAGUCUAUUCCUUCGUUGGGUUUCACUACAGACGAUAAGCCAUAUCCUCGAGGUCAGCUUGUAGUUACCUCUACAAGAAUGAGUGCUGGUUACUACAAUAAUGAAGAGGAUACUAAGAAAUCAUUCAAAGAUGGAUGGUACUAUACUGGUGAUAUCGUUGAAGAAAUUGCUCCAAAUACAAUAAGAGUACUUGAUAGAAUGAAUAAUUCUUUUAAACUAAGUAAUGGUGAAUUUGUAUGUGCUGAAAAGUUGGAAACUCUUUACUCUAAUUCUAAAUACAUUCAAAACAUCUUUGUUUAUGGUGAUUCAAUGAAAUCAUUUUUGGUUGGAGUUGUCAUCCCAACACAGGAGGCACUUAAGAAGGUUGGUAAUAUCUCUAUCAAAGAUGCAAAUAAGAGUAAUCCAUUAAAGAAGUUGAUAUACCAAGAUAUUGAAAAAAUUUCACAAAUGAAUAUGGGUUUAAUUUAUGAAAUUCCAAAGAUUAUAUCAAUUGAUAGUACAGAGUGGAGUAUUGACAAUAAUCUUAUCAAUCCAAAUGGAAAAUAUAAUAGAAACAAUCUUUUCAAUUUCUAUGAAGCCUCCAUUUCCUCGAUGUACCAAAUUUUAGAAUCUAUCCAAUCAAAGAUUAAUACUUGUAAUAAGAAGAAAGUCAUUGUCAAUUACCUACAAACAAUUCUCGGAUAUGAUAUCAAUGACAUUGACAACCUUGACCUUUCUUCUAUUUCUUUCACAGAUAUUGGAGGUGACUCUGUUGGUGCUGCUAGAUUAUCUAAUCUAUUAAAAGAAAACUUCAAUGUAAACCUAUCAACACAAUCAAUUUUGGAUAGAAAUAAUACUUUGGGUAAUUUGCUGCUGGAAAAACCAGAGGUUACUCCAGUCAAAGUUAAUUGGGAAGAGGAAAUGAAUUUGGAUGAAUCUAUUCAGGUGAAUGGAAAACCAAUUAUCAAGGAUGGCUUCAAGAAUGUAUUCCUUACUGGUGCUACAGGAUACAAUGGUUCAUUUGUGCUUUACAAUCUACUUAAAACACCAUCAUGCUCCAAAGUGUACUGUCUAACAAGAAGCUCCAAAUCAGUGUCAAUAGCCAGAGCAAAACUAGUUGAUAUCUUACGAUUCAAGAACAUGCUUUCUUUGAAGGAAGAGGAAAUCGAAAAGAUUCAUCCGGUUAUUGGAAAUUUAGACAGUCCACUGUUUGGGCUUGACAUUGAUACAUUUACCAACCUCUCUAAUGAAUUGGAUAUAAUCAUUCAUAACGGUGCCAGUACUCAAUUAAUGAAUCCGUACCUCAAUUUGAAGAUGGCCAAUGUUAAAGGAACUGAAGAAAUACUAAGAUUGUCAGCUGUCGGAAACCGAGUUAUUCCUGUAUUCCAUAUUUCAACCAUAGGUGUCUAUCAUGAUUUGGUGAUGAAGGAAGGUGUUGAGCCAGACUUACAACGUUUAGAUCAGAUGUCUGGUUACCCUCAAUCGAAAUUGGUUGCAGAACAGCUUGUUCAAACAGCUUUCAAAAGAGGUUUACCUGUUUCCAUUUGUAGAUUGGGUCAUAUCUACAGUCAUUCAGAAUCCGGUGUUGACAAUGAGAAUGACUUCCUACGUCUACUCCUCAGAGGAAUCUUGACACUUGGUUACUACCCAGAUUUCUCAAAGCAGAGAGCCAAUCAACUAACAUUGUCACCAGUCGAUUGGGUGUCAACUUCCAUUGUACAUCUAGCUACGAAGAGAAAUUGGUCUGCCAUCGAAGAGAAAACACCAACCUACCUGUUGACCAAUUUUCAAUCGAUUUCAUUCAAUGACUUUUUCAAAUCGAUUUCUAAUUAUCAUCCUUUGGAAAUGGUGUCCUACAGUAAAUGGAUUGAAUUGUUAUUCGCUAAUCCAAACAACCCACUCAAUCCAAUUAUUAAAUCAUUGACAAGUCAACAAAAUGAAACUAUCAGCUCUGUAGAUCUUCAAAAUAUUUCACAUUUAACAGACCAAUCAAGAUUCAAAAAUGUUGCUCAUCUUUCCCAUCUAACAGAUAAUAAUGUUACUAAUCAUACCCACCCAACAGAUCAACUACAACUUAGUAACUUUUCACAUCUAACUGAUCACAUCAGCAAUCUCUCACAUUUAACACAUCUUACUGAUGAAUCAAGAGUGUCUAAACUUGCACAUCUUACGGAUUCAACAACUAUCAGUAACUUAUCACACCUUACACAUCUUACUGAUGAAUCAAGGGUGUCUAAACUUGCACAUCUUACUGAUCCAACAACCAUCAGCAACUUAUCACACCUUACACAUCUUACUGAUGAAUCUAGAGUGUCUAAACUUGCACAUCUUACUGAUGAAUCAAGAAUGUCUAAACUUGCACAUCUUACUGAUCCAACAACCAUCAGUAACUUAUCACACCUUACACAUCUUACUGAUGAAUCAAGAUUAACAAAUCUUGUCCAUCUUACAGAUCCAACAAACAUCAUUAGAAACCUCACUGACAAAGCAAUGAUCAACUUUGCGCACCUAAAUAAUCUCACAGAUCAUCAGCUUGUCAACUUAGCACAUCUUUCACACUUAACAGACAGAGAUAAUCUUGGAAACUUGCAUCUCGCUCAUCUUACUGAUGUUGUACAAAUUAAUUCCUUUAUAGGUCUAACAGAUAUUUACAAGAAUCCUAAAACAAUCCAAACAUUGAUACAAUGCGGUGGAUUAGUAUGCCCAUCAAUAUCUGAUCAAAUCAUUCACAGACAUAUUCUACAUAUCAAAUCUUUUGAAUCUAUUAUUGUUUAA